GACAUGGCGUAACCCCGUUCGCCGCCACGCCUGUAUAUAUAUUAUAUAUAACCCACACGUCCCUUGCAAAGGGACAGCAUAAUUUGUAGGGUACCCCAAGCCAUGAGCCCAUCGCAAUUGAAUGACCAUGCACAUACAAAAAAUGGCUUGAAAAUCAACAAGGACUCUCAUUUGAUCAAGAAAUCAUCACCACCGUCGUCAUCCUCGUCAUCGGCGAUGGCCGUAAAGCCUCAGCAGCACCGCCAUCCGGUCAUCAUCUACACACAUUCACCGAAAAUUAUACACACUCAUCCCAGGGACUUCAUGGCGUUGGUGCAGAAGCUGACCGGGUUGUCGAGGUCGGAUGACGACGGUCCAGCUCAGCAGGCGCAACGGAAGGCGGAAAAGGGCGGUUUAUCGGAGGAUCAUCGGAAUAACGUGAAGGAUGAAAUGGAGUCAACUUCAGUAAUCUCAGAUGAGAAUUGCAGCAGUGGUGCUACUGCCAAUCUUGAGUUCCAUUUCAUCCUCGACCUUGGAAGGAUUGAGUGAAUUUCGCGAUUUUUAGUUUUUCUUUCAUUUGUUCGCAAUUGAACUUUGGCAAGGAGAGAAUUUCAACCUCUCUUUUAGGUUUUCGUAGAAUUUGGAUCUAUUUGUUUCUCGGUAGGAUAGUCUCUUCGUCUGCACUUUUCGCUGACAUUGUAAAUGUACUCGAUUUAAUAAAAUGAGAACUCCAUAUGGUGAGAGAACUGCA